AUGUUUACAAUUAAUUGUGGUGAUGGAGCCUAAAAAAUAAGAUGGUUAGGAGAUGUAGCAGUUUUUAGAUAUGAACAUUUUUAUGGAAAUUUAAGUGGAACUCCUAAAGGAGUUAGAUUCGAAAGUGGUGAUUUAUUACCUAUGGACGGAAUUAUUUCUGACCAUUUAUAAAGCGAUUCACAUGUAUGGGUUAUUUUAAAAGGAAAUGUUUUAUAAGAAAAAACUGGAAAUUUUAGAAUUAGACCAAAUACAGCGGUUACAACUAAUAAAAAAAAAUGA